UGAAUCAAUCCGACCCAUAUGCAAAACAGAUGACUGUAAGAAAACUGCCGAUAGAAUCCUGAACUACAUGGAUCCGUCUGUUAGGCCCUGUGAUGACUUCUACAAAUUUGCUUGCGGGAAAUUCCUGGAAUCCGCAGAACUCCGAGAUGAUAUGACACAAAACUCUUCGUUUAGCCAAGUAAAUGAUAUACUGGAAGAUCAGUUGAAGGCUAUAGUUUUCGAAGAGUCGAGACCUGAUGAACCUUACCCAUACCAGACAAUGAAACAUUUUUUUGACCUCUGUUUAGAUGAAGACAAGAUAGAUGCCAGAGGAGUAAGUCCAGUGGUCUCAAGGCUGGCAGCUGCUGGAGGCUGGCCGGUGCUGGGAAACUGGAGUAAGUUUGGCUGGAGCUUCCUGGACACCGAAAUACGACUGAGAAACCUCUCUAUCGGUGGCGGAAGUCUCUUCCAGAUAUUCCCAUCCAUUGACGCCAAGAAUACCAGCAAACGUGUCAUCGAGAUUGACCAGGCCGGCUUGGUACUGCCACGGGAGUUUCUAGUCAAGGGACUGAGCGAUCCCAUAGUCCAGGCCUACUAUAGUUACAUGGUGGACAUAGCGGAGAUGUACGGGGCAGAUAGACGACUGGCACAAGUGAAACUCAACGACAGUUUGAUGUUCGAGAUAGAGCUAGCAAAGAUAACAGUACCUCGAGAACAAAGGCGGGACUUUGAACGCAUGUAUAAUCCCUACGGGCUGGAAGAUCUGAUGGCAGAGUUUGGCUGGGUCAACUGGACAGCACUUCUGGAAAGCAUGAUGCCAGCGUCUGUGCAGCUCAGGAAAAACGAGCUGAUUAUCGUCAGCGAAGUGGAGUUCCUCAAGAAGCUUGAGGUGUUCCUACAGAAGUACUCCGAUGAUUCUAGCCUUUCACUGGCUCUUUCUUCGCUCUACGUUGAGAGAUACUUUGAUGAGACCUCCAAAAAGGCAGCUCUGAAUAUGACCAAUAUGAUACGUGAAGAAAUCGUCCGUAACAUUCAAGAACUGGACUGGAUGGAUGAAGAAACCAAAAAACGAGCGGUGUACAAGGCGUCUCAAGUUGUUCAACAUAUUGGUUAUCCUGAUGAGCUAAAUGAUAUUAACAAAAUUGAAGAAUACUAUAAAGGGGUAAGCAAUAGACUAUAAGUAGCAUAGUUUGUU